ACAAUAUGGCGCUUUCCAUGGUUUACAGAAAUGCUUCAUCCGAGGGUUGAUGUGUACCUUUUUUAUUCACAGCUUUAUACGUGUGUUAGUACAUUUAACAAACUGUGAAGUCUAUUAAUUGAUAAACGAAAGGACUCGCCUGAACAGUAACCAUGUCUGGGUCAAAUGCAUGGAGUCGCAGUCGAGAGAAAAUGAGACUUUUCCCUGAACUUUUUGCUCAGUGUGCAGGAGAGGGAGCAAUGUAUGGGAAGUGUGUGGCAGCUUCCACAACAGGCAGACAGGAGCUGAGGAAGGACAUGUGUGCCAAGGAAUUUGAAGCACUGAAGACCUGCUUUACAGCUGCAGCCAAGAAAAAAGCCAAAUGAAUGGAAACUGUCCUGGCUUUGCUCGAGCUGCAAAUUCAGUGAACCGACCUCAAUUGUGAAAAGAGAAGAUGGGAAGUGUUGAUCGACUUCUGGUGCUGAAAACGUAACACUUCCUCUACUAGGCACUGUAAAUGAACUGGAUGUGUACUGCUGCUACAUUUUUUUAAUAGAAAAAGACUGAAUGUAAUAAACAGAGGUGAAUAAGACAUUGCUGUUAUUAUUGUCUGAACACAGACCAGCAGCCAUGGAUGUAAUCAUGUUUUUUAUUCAUUCUUAUCAGCAAAAUGUACAGAAAUACAAUGCACAUAGAGAAAGUAGAAAAAUAGCCUGUUUCAGAAAAGUUGGAUAACAAAAACACUACAAACAUAGACCAGAUUCCACUGUCCUUAACCCAAUGUACGGAUUUGUUUCUUCUAACAUUUCUGUACUCUUUACAGUAAGAGUAGAAGCAAAAAGAACACAAAUUGA